AUGUCAGAACAACACCCAGGACAUAGGGAUGGGGCCGGGGCCCGUUCUACGCUAAGUCGGACCAAUAGUGACGAGACGUUAGUCACACAACGUGAAUAUCCUUCACCGAGACAGAACCAGAAUACACGGCAGCACGAAUAUGAAGAUAACAACUACAGUCUCUAUAAUAGAUCUGGGGACUUGUCGGACUUGAAUUCGCUAUUUACGUCGGGGUCUGAAGAAACUGUGACAAAUAAUGUCAAGAUUUUGGGGUAUCCCAUCACAUCGUACACUACUGUGCGAGAGUUGCCGAUAGUUUCGACAUUCCUACAGCCCGGAGUACUUAUAUUCUCAUCAUUGAAGUCUUUGGAUAUAUAUUCGCAGAAAAACUUGUCAACGGAGAAGACAGAGCUGUAUCACUUGCAAGGGUUGGGAAUUCCGAUGCUACAGACAUCGACGCCGAUGCUCAGCAUUUUCAAGAUUAAUUCGCCAUUCAUGCUCAUUUACAAGUACAACAAGUUGAACGAAAAGUCGGUAUUCUGCAAAGUGUACUUUAGGAUUUUGACUAAUAAUAUCACUUGUUAUAUUUUGAUAUUCCAGCUUGACAGUGGCGAAUUAAAGACAGUGGUGUUGAUGAAUAAUGGUAUUAGGCCAUCUGUGGACAUGUUGUACGAGAAUACAAAGAUCAGAAUCACCGGCGUCACAGGCACGACAUCAACAUUUGCAAAUGGCUUCAUUCAGCUUUAUAUCUUACAAAACUCCUCACCAUCGCUAACCGACGAAAUGUCGGUACAAAAUACCGUGGAGACUAUCAAUAGUUCGAUUAAGAACGUUAAAGUGAAUGUAAACGAAUCAAACAAAUUAUACAACUCGUUGAAGUUCCAGAAGAAAGCGACUUUAACCAAAUUGAUGAAUGAAGGAAAGACAUUAAUCAACACCCCUUUGGCAACGUUCGUUGACAAUGGCGAUGAAAAAUUCAAGGGCCUUAAUUUAUUUAAAAAUGGGACUAUUAAAAUAUUUGAGACGAGUAACGAUAAUGAAAACAACACCAAUACGUUAAUAAUGACCAGUAUCCUAUUAGUUUUAAGAGAGCAGGAAUUUAGAAAAUUCAGAGGAAACAAUAAGCCGACAUUUGUCAAUCAUCAUAAUAAUUAG